AGAUGGUUGUGUGUGAUGUGAGUUAGUUACAUAGUUUUGCAAAGCUGUGUGUGUGUCGACACCAAACCCAAGCUGCAUCUACCUGCCCUCCCUUCCCCUGCCUCAACACUUUAAUAAAUAAUUAUAAUAUAAUCAGUGCAGAAGAAAGGAUACGCAAUGGUGUCGCCGGAUUCUGGUUACGCUUCCUCCAAUGACGGUGCUCCUCCUUCCAAAUCCGAACCUCAACUUCCUCCUCCUCCUCCUUCAGAUGGUGCAGAGACUACAUACCUAAGGUUUCUUGCUUCAAAUGCGGAGGCUGGUUCAAUCAUUGGAAAGGGUGGAACGACAAUUUCAGAUUUCCAGUCUCGAUCUAAUGCACGAAUUCAGUUGUCACGCAAUUAUGAGUAUUUUCCCGGAACUUCUGAUAGGGUUAUUAUGGUGUCUGGAACAAUUGAUGAAGUUCUUGAGGCUGUUGAACUUAUCCUAACUAAGCUGCUCAAUGAGUUCUAUGCUGAAGAGGGCGAUGAAGCCGAGCCAAGAUCAAAAGUUAGAUUAAUCGUGCCCAAUAGUUCUUGUGGUGGAAUCAUUGGGAAGGGAGGAUCCAUGAUUAGGUCCUUCAUUGAAGAUUCUCAAGCUAACAUUAAGAUCUCUCCUCAGGAUAACAACUAUAUUGGAGUGAAUGAUAGGUUGGUAACAGUGAUUGGCACCUUACAGCAGUUGGUGCAAGCCAUUAAUCUUAUAUUAUUGAAAUUAUCUGAAGAUGUAUACUAUGUACAGUCCAUUGGCCCCCCGUUUCCGUAUGCUGCGGCUUAUAAUGUCCCCAAUUAUGGACCACCUGGGGGUGGUGGAAAGUUUCAGAACAACCGGUUUCAAAACAGUAAGGAAGAUACGAGUCACUCGACAACUAUUGGUGUUUCGGAUGAGCAUAUAGGGCUUGUUGUCGGGCGUGGUGGUAGGAAUAUCAUGGAAAUCAGUCAGAUUAGCGGAGCUAGGAUUAAGAUAUCCGAAAGAGGUGAUUUCAUAUCUGGGACGUCUGAUAGGAAAGUAACGAUCACAGGAUCACAUAGGUCAAUCCGUGCAGCAGAGGCUAUGAUAAUGCAGAAGGUUUCUUCGGCGUCGGCUCCACCUCCAGAUGUAACUCCCGACCAGCUUGCUGUUGAAAAUCUGUCCCUCAACUAAAACAUAAAUUGUUUCCACUUCUCAUCUAGUGGUUUUACUUAUAUUCCCGUACCAUAAGUGAAGUGUGAAAUGAACAUACGAGCGAGUCAUCUUAUAAAGAAAACAUAGUUUUUUGCAGGAGGAUGUUGUAAUGAGGGACUAUGAAGAGGUUUAAUUUAUUAAAGUUAUUAUGAAAUGUGAUAAACGGUGAUUCAAUA